CUCAGAAGCUUUGAAGACGUUUUACAUUUGAAGAUUUUCAUUGAAAAAGAGCUGUCACCUCUCAUUCUGUUGGCACAAGACGGUCGCGAGAAUGAGCGAUGCAGGGAGCGAUAGUGAGAUUUCCUUCUCUGUGAAAUUCUUCGGCCGUCUUGUGGUGGUCCGUCCAGACGGUAUGCAGAUUCUAAUGGAGGCGUCUGCGGCUUUGCAGACUCCCAGCAGUGAGGUGAGUGACAAAGUGAAGAAGAAGAAAGCUAAAGUGCACCUGUCCCUCUCCAGAAGUGGCAUCGACAUCCUGGAGUAUAAAACAAAGGUGUACUUUGACUCACUGCUAGUAUGGCAGUUCAUGCUAUACUCCUGCCCUCUAUCCACUGUGUCUUUCUGUGCGGUGCACCAGAUGCAGCCUAAACUCUUUGGCUUCAUAGCCAAGCACCCAGCGACCGACCUCUACCACUGCUACGUCUUCCAGAGCCAAAAGUUUUCUCACUUGCUGGUGUCCGUGGUGGGUGACGCCUUCCAGGCCUCCGGGCAGAAGCAGCAGGUGAGAGCAGGUCGGGAUCUGGUGGUGGAAGCCCUCAGACACAAGAAUAACAUCCUGCAAAGAGAGAAUAAUGAUCUGAAGAGAAGACUGCAGAAGAAAGAUGGGGUUCACAUUCAUGAAAAUUCAGGUGAUGACGAGUACAUUGAGCAAUCCACAUCACAAGAUGCAGUGAGAUUCAAGUCAGUGGGUAACUGAAGAGCACACGAAGACUCUGUCAUCCCUUCAACAAUCUUCAUUGAUUCCUUUUGUAAUACUGUGCAGCCUUGUGUCAUUAGAAACUAGCGCUGAUGUGGAGCUUAAUAAAACAAAUAAAUAAAUAAACAAAAAAUAAAACAAAGCUUAAUAAUGAUGAACUGUAACUUUGCUGUUGAAUAAACGUUAAUAAGAUAUGAAU